AUGUACCCGGAAGGCUACGGCUGUUAUAGCCAACAAUUACAGCGGCCAUAUUUCCCAUUACAUGAGUUGCGCGACGAAGAAUUCGUUCAGAACUCACCACUUCUAAAACUCAAGGAUAGCUUAUUAGACGCUAUUGUCGAAUAUGUGCCUCUCAAAGACCGUCUUCUGAAGUUACGAUCUGUCUGUCAUCGAUUGUCGGAUUCCGUGAAACGCUCAGUCAAGUCGGUCGAGUUUCUACGAGAUGAACUUGAUUAUUGCGACGAUCCCAAAAUAGCGUUCUUCUUAUCAGUUUAUGGAAAGAAUGUAGAACACAUGAACUUUGAUUUAUAUCGGUCAUGCCUGUUCCGAGAAUAUACGCAAUGGUCAUGGCGCCAAUCAGUGAUCGCAUCAGUUACCCGUUGCUCACAAUUGAAGCAAUUGGACAUCUUGAUUUGCUGUAGACAUCGCCUCAGAGAUAUGGACCUGCAAGUGAUUUUCAAGCAAUGUCAACAGUUGGAAGUGCUCAGAAUGGAUGCAAGUUAUAUCAAUGGUCAUUGUUUCUCGAAAGCUCCCACAUCUCUACGCAAAGUUGAACUGGAAUGCUGUCAAUCACUCACAAAACAAGGUUUCCUUGGAAUGUGCACACGCCUUCAACAGCUUCAAACUUUACUUGUUUCUCUGCUCCCUUGUAUUGAUGAACAGAUCAUCAAGCGUAUUGGAGAUAUGAAAACUCUCAAAAAUCUCUCAAUUGUUGCUGACCCGGAGCAAAAGAUGAAUCAAUUCCGUCUAGCCGAGAUUAAACGUCUUCCGAAGCUUUCAACGCUUUGUCUGGAUGGUGUGAACAAUGUCACUGAUAAAUUCCUCGGUGAUUUAUCUGAGUCUUCGUCACCAGCUUUUGGAAGCAUCGAGCAUCUUUCUUUAUCGUUUUGCAAGAAUAUUGGGCCAAAUGGAAUCGCAAAGUUAAAAAACCUACCGAAGCUGAAAAGCUUGAAUCUGGACGGUUUGUCGAAACGAGACAUCUCGAUUGGGCUGGAAGCAAUUGGUAAUGCUGGAAGGCUAGAGAGAUUGAUGGUCUCCGAAAAUACAUUCGUCAGUCCAAGAACGAUUACCGAUUUGGUGACAAAAUGCGACAGUUUGCGGACUUUGGAUAUAUCUGUUAAUGACCGGCUCAAGGAUAAAGGAUUUGCAGAGCAAGUGUACAGUGCUCGAGCAUUUUCGUUUGGUAAACCCCUGGUCAUCUUGACGGAUUUCAAAUCGAUGUGGCGUCAUCUUCCACCGUUCUCCUAUCAAUCAAGAGUUGAAAUCGUCAACUUGAAUGACCGACAUCCUGAAGAAUUCAUUGAUGCGAUCUCAGCCAACACUCCACAACAAUUACCACGUGGUCAAUUGAUACCUGAUCUGCGACGAGGAAAUCGUUAUAAAAUGUUCGACUUCUCAUUAGAUACUUCUUCUGGCGAACAGCUCAGUGAUUCGAUCAGUUUGGAAAAACUGGACCAAGAGAAUCAGCCACCGGUAGAUGUUCUGGGUCCACUUGCAGGUCUAUCAGUCAAAGAGCAAGAAGAUUUAGUUUUUGCAUUGAUGCAAUACCAACAGCCAUUCGAUGCCACAGGAUUUAUGGACUACAAUCAAUGCCUGAUCCCGGCAGUGCCACAGUCGAGCUUCACAGAUUUCGAAAACAGUAUCACAGUUGGUUCAGCUGGAGCUCCUGGGCCACCAACCAAAGAAAAAGGAUCUGAGAAAAUUCUAAAGCAUUCUCGUCCAAGCCGCCCGAAACGACAAGCUCAAAAAGAAAGAGCUCAACAACGACGCUCCGGAGCAGUGGCCGCACAGAAAGUAGCUGUACCAGCUGAUCCUUCAUUCACGGAAGAUGACUUCCCACCUCUCGGAUGA